UGUUGAUGUCAUUCGGCGGUGACGAUCGAGCCCCACCCACGACCAAGGCAUGCAACUUCCCAAUGCGCACGCACUCGGAUCACACAAGACCGGACCGAUCACGAGACCGGACCGAGUCAUCCAGCUGCUGCCCGCGCACGAUGGUAUCAUGUUUUGCUGCAUGACUGGCUUCCUCUCAUAUGGCACGCCACAAAACCUGAAUUUGAUUUAAGGGAAAUUACAAUCACUUCUCAAAUUCACUCUCAAAGUUGCAAAAUAUAGUCAUAGAGAGUCACUGUCAACGUCAUUAUUAUAAUCUCGUUCGCAGAUGCGCGUCUUGUCUCGGAAGUGGCUGGGCGUGUUCGCGAUCGGCUCUUUCCUGCUGCUGCUUCUGGUGCUGUUCAACGCGCCGAACCCGAGCGGUUCGGGAGUUGACCUGCGGCCGGGCAGGACCAAUGAAGCGGAGACGGUCAUCAGGGAGCACAUUCGAGACCUCUUCGAUGACUACCAUGAUAUUUCCUAUCGUAUCAAAGAGGAGGUCGCGUGUCGCUUGGCAAGGAAUGCGUGCGUCUGCGUGGCUGAUGAGGAGACUUUUCGGCUACCUUUCUCCAACCUGCUCUUCCCACGCGUAAGGGCCCACCAGCUGGACGUGAAGUUUUUACAAUCCCAUCCCGACCCCGAAGGCGUGAAGCAUCAGCGAGCUCGAGAAUAUAGCCGCGUUCAAACCAGGUCGUCCAGUCCCGCAGACGUGCUGAUCGUAAAUAAAGCCAACAGUCCUCUUCAGUUUCCCUCCCAGGGCGUAGCAGUCCGACCUCUCAACACCAUCAUCAUACCAGGUUUGGGUCUUUUUGAAGAAGCAGCGUCAAACCACACGAUAUAUUUAACCGCCACACUGGGGACUUUUGAUGUGGCGGCUACAGUGGAGAGGGUCUCGGCGGCAGGAGGAGGAACGGCGCGCUUGAUGCUCUCCAGUGCUUUUCUGUCAGCCCUGAACAGGCAAUUGCAGUUUGUCACCUACACCAACACCAUCUUCCAUCCCAAGACAGCAGACACAGUUCAGUUUGCAACUGAAAGUCACAACUCGUUUUUCACCAUCAAAAUUGGCCACCCUGCCACCCCGAGACUUUACAAGUCUGGCUAUCAUCCAAAAGAGAGCAACAUCAGCGAGCUGGUUACCAUUGUGACAAAGACUUUUCUACGUUACGACAAAUUGAAAGAUCUCAUCGACAGCAUACGGCAAUUUUAUCCAUCCGUGGCCAUCGUGGUGGCAGACGAUAGCGAGCACCCGCAGCAAGUGACCGGAGCUCACGUCCAGCAAUUCAUUAUGCCCUUCGGGAAGGGUUGGUUUGCUGGACGAAAUCUGGCCGUGUCUCAAGUGACCACCAAAUACGUGCUCUGGGUGGAUGAUGAUUUCAUCUUCAAAGCCGACACCAACUUGGAGAAGAUGGUGGACGUUCUCGAGAGGACCAGUUUGGAUCUGGUCGGCGGAGCGGUUCGAGAAGCAACCGGCUGGACGUCCACAUUCCGUCACACCAUUUCAGUGGAAGCGGGCGGAGACGACGGCGACUGCAUCCACAUUCGGCGCGGCUACCAUCAUGCCGUCGAGGGCUUUCCUAACUGCGUGGUCACCGACGCUGUCAUCAACUUCUUCAUGGGGAGAACUGACAAAGUGCAGCAGGUGGGCUUCAACCCCCGGCUGGCUCGGCGAGGCCAUCUAGAAUUCUUCAUUGACGGACUGGGCUCUCUCUAUGUCGGCUCAUGCAGCGACGUGAUCGUAAACCACGCGUCAAAGAUCAAAUUGCCGUGGAGCGGAACCAAAUCGGAAAAGGCCUAUGAAAAAUUUCGCUACUCCAAGAGCGAUGAUGAAACUUACAUACAUGAUGAAAACUUUUACUUCUCAAACAGGUUCAAAUGCAUGACCAGGCAAUAAUGAAACAUGCCAAUAGCAAUGGGAAGUCAAUUUAGUAUUUUAUUUUCAUCCCCGCCAAAUGGCGUUUGAAUUUUGAAGUGGAAAAAAUCUCAGGUUAAGGUCAUGUCCUAAUUAUCCUUUGAAACUGUGAAAUCAUGUUUGUGCUUUGUUUGCUGACCGCCGGAUAGUCUGGUCAUGCGGAACCACUGGCUAUAGUGCCACCUUGUGGUUGAUGUUAGGCGCACAUGCGCUUGAGACGAGUGGGGGUCCCAAAAGGCAAAAACAAAUCGGUUCUUUUCCGGUAUUAGUUUGCAUGAAUGGUAACAUUGUAACCAUCCAAGCUGUCUUUCGAAGUCGUACUCAAGACCGACUGCCGAGUGCAGCAACCUCUUUGAUAACCUCAAGGACAAUCGCAAUAAAGCUGCCUUUCAUUUACAAAUAUAACCCACAGAUGCACAAACAUGAAAUGUUAUGUUAGCUUUAAUGCAUAAUAUGUGCAAGUUUGUCAAACUGACAUUGUUUUAUCGCUUUGUCCCUGCCUGCAAUAUUGUUUGGAACAAACAAUGUGUCUUACUGGUCACAUUUUUGUGGCGACCAAAAAAAACAACCCCACACUUUGUGGUUUUAUGUCAGCUUUUUGAGUGUUUAUUUAUCAGAUAUGUGUUAUAUGACGGAUUUUGCUGCAAUCAGAUAAUUUACAGAGAAAUUUGAAUUUCUGUGUAUCUGUAUUGUAUCGAUCAGUUGGAGAAUCCAGAGAUAAAAGGGAAGUGAUUGAAUUUUUUAUAAUUAUGUGUAACAUGUUUCAUCCUUACAUUAUGAUCGAAGGUAUUCAGUAAUGAAUAACGCCGUGAAAUAUUGACUACCUCAUGACUUUUUUUUUUUUUUACACUAAAAUUGAGUAUUAAAAAUGAAAACAAUUUCCCUCCACUG